AUGUGCAACCGAUUCGUGGGAACCUGGAAACUCAUCUCCAGUGAAAAUUUUGAUGACUAUAUGAAAGAACUGGGAGUGGGCUUAGCUACCCGGAAACUAGGUGGCCUGUCAAAGCCUGAUGUGAUCAUCAGCAUGAAAGGGGACAUAGUAACCAUCAGAACUGAAAGCACCUUCAAAAACACAAUGAUCUCUUUCAAACUGGGCCAGCAGUUCGAUGAAACAACACCAGAUGACAGGAAAGUGAAGAGUGUCGUAACCUUGGAGAAAGGGGCACUGGUGCAAGUGCAGAAGUGGAAUGGCAAAGAGACCACAAUAAAGAGAAGACUGGUUGAUGGGAAAAUGGUGGUGGAAUGUGCCAUGAAAGGAGUUGUCUGCACGAGAGUCUAUGAAAGAGUGUGA